AUGGCAACCAAACGCCCACUGGCUCUUGACUACACAGCGCAUGGCACCGCAAAGGGUUGGAGGGCGAAUGAACACUUAAUAGACGCUCUUCCUUACGUUGACCAUGUGCCAGCAGAGCUUAGACCAGUCGUUGAUGCAUUAAUUGAGGAGGAGAAGCGGAAGAGCGCCAAGCUGCCCAGCGACUACUUGCGGGAACUGCCUCCCGUGCGUGCGCCGCAGUUCGACGAGCACCCAGUGCUCAAGACGGAGUAUGAACGGGUGCGGUCCAAGCAGCCGAUGCAACCGCUGGACACCGUCCGCUACCGGCUCGAUCCCCCGCCCCAGAACAAACGGGGUGACGUCAACGCAUGGCGGCAAGCACUGGAGAACGCGCACAGCCAACUGGAACACCAGCACCUCCGUAUUCUCAAUCAGGAGCUGCUGCUCAAACAUGGCGACAAAAGCUGGCGUGCGCAGGUCCAACACGACGAGGCUACGAUAAAAUCCCUGGAGCAGCAGCUAACGGCUAUUAAGAAGGAGACGGACCAACUUAACCGAGAGCGCAAGCUACAGCAGCUUGCAGCGGGUGCCGAGCUGUCCAAAUUGGAGCGACACUACAUGGCCCAAGUGCGUAAGAACUGGGACAUUGAGCGCGCGUGCACCCGCCUGGAGGAGGAGGUGGCGAAGGCGGAGGCGGAGCUGCAGCGGCGAUUACAGGCGGUCGUCGCGCAGGCAUCUGCAAGUGAUGUGCCGAGGCUGCAGGAAGCAGCUCAGGAGGUGGCAGAGGAAACCGCUGCAGCCGUUCCCACCACCACGGAGGCAGCUUCUGGCGAGGGCAAUGAUGCCGGGCCAGCAGCAGCGGCCGCGGACACAGACGUAGAGAUGAGUACGGCAAGAGAAGAAGGGCCGCUUACGGCUAUCAGCGGGAAUGGCUCAUAA